CCCACCCAGAAGGAAGUCCUAUCUCUCAGAGCCUUCAUGCUGCUCUUCCUGAAGCAGCUCAUCCUGAAGGAUCGGGGCGUGAGGGAGGAUGAACUCCAGGCCAUCCUCAACUAUCUGCUCACUGUACAGGAGGACGAGAACCUCCAUGACGUGCUGCAGCUGCUGGUGGCUCUAAUGUCAGACCACCCCUCCUCCAUGGCGCCGGCCUUCGACCAGAGGAACGGCAUACGGGCAAUCUUCAAGCUGCUGGGGUCUAAGAGCGAGAACAUCCGAGUUCAGGCCCUCAAAGUCCUUGGCUACUUCCUCAAGCACCUCGGGCACAAGCGAAAGGGGGAGAUCAUGCACACGCACAGCCUCUUCACUCUGCUGGGCGAGCGACUGCUGCAGCACACGGUCACGCUGACCACAUACAACACGCUGUAUGAGAUCCUGACGGAGCAGUUGUGCACUCAGGUGGUCCACACACCUCACGUAGAGCCAGACUCCACCGUCAAAAUCCACAACCCCAUGAUUCUGAAGGUGAUGGCCACUCAACUGGUAGGCGUCGCCCCCCAUAGUGAGCAAACAGGCUCCGCCCCCGGAACUGACCUCAUGGAUGUGAGACGCCUCUUCCUGUCUGACAUGAUCAAGCUGUUCAGCAGCAGCCGCGACAACCGACGGUGUCUGCUCCAGUGUUCAGUGUGGCAGGACUGGAUGUUCUCCCUGGCUUACCUCCACCCGAAGACGCCAGAGGAGACCAAGGUGACGGAGAUGGUGUUCAACAUCUUCAGGGUGCUGCUCUACCACGCCAUCAAGUACGAGUGGGGCGGCUGGCGAGUCUGGGUCGACACGCUGUCCAUCGCACACUCAAAGGUGACCUACGAGGCGCACAGGGAGUACCUGAUCCAGCUGUACGAGGACUACCACAUCCUGGAGGAGGAGGACCUGAGGAGGGGGAGGGAGGCGGCGGGGGUCCGCACCGUCUCCGGCCUCUCAGCCCCGCCCCUCGCCUCCUCUUCCUCCUCCUCCUCCUCCGGCGUCAACGGCACGGCGGAGAUCAGAGAGAACGGCGACAGCACCUCCCGGACCCCCGAGAGGGAGGGGAAGGGGGGGGAACCCCAGAGCGCUCUGGAUGAGAGGCGGAGGAGGAGGAGGAGCAUGGCCGCGGCGGAUCCGAGCGGGGGGGGGCCGGUGGCGGACGUGGAGGCGGAGGAGGUGGUCGCUGUGGAGGUGAGGCCGCAGGAGGUUGACCUGAUGGGGGCGGACGUCUACUGCGCCGCGGCGGUGGCGCUGAACGCCGCGCCGACGCAGGCGGGCGGCCUCGCCGCGGAGGAACGCACCGCUCCUCUGAUCUCCCUGGACGACGACGCCGCUGACGCCGACAUCGGCUUCCUGUUGGGGCCGACGGCGGGGAGUAACGGCGUCGGGGAGAUGCCGACCGGGCGCCUCGAUCUACCCGACGUCGCGCCAAGGGUCCAAAACGGCGGCCCAAGUCUGCCGGCGCACGGGUUUCCCAACAUCCUGGAGCAGGUGAAGGAGGAGGAGGAGGAGGAGGAGGAGGAGGAGGUGGAGCCGCCUAAAGUACGGUCCGGCAUGAAGGAUCGCGCUGCCAGGGACGGUACGGCAGCGUCUGUGGGAUACGUCCGGGACCCCUCGGACGCGAAGAGGUCCGGCGAGGUCAAGGACGAGGAGAUGAGGACUGCGACCAGCUCCUCCUCCACCUCCGCUCAGGUCAGUGGGUUCGGUCGGGGGUCCUCAUUGAGAAACAUCAGGGGGCGGACAGAGAGGUGGUGGUUAUCUAGAGAGAUGGGGUGCGAGCCCGACGGGGACAUUGUUCCCAAAGCGGUGUACACUGAGUUCCGAUGCAUCAUCGCGGUCGUCGAGGAGCAGACCCCCAGACAGGAACUCUGUGUCCUCAAUCGUCACGGGUCACUUCCUGUUCCUGCCCGUGCUCAGGUGCAUGACGAGCGGGGCGUGCACGGCAGUGAGGAGCAGCAGCAGCAGCAGCAGCAGCAGCAGCAGCAGCAGCGCCGGAGGUUCAGCCCGGGGCCCCGGACCAGCAUGUUCCGCAUCCCAGAGUUCAAGUGGUCCGCCGUGCACCAGCGCCUGCUCACCGACCUGCUGGUGGCGCUCGAGGCCGACAUGCUUGUCUGGAGGAGCCACUCCACCAAGUCGGUCAUGGACUUUGUCAACAACAACGAGAACAUCAUCUUUGUCCACAACACCAUCCACCUCAUCUCGCAGAUGAUCGACAACGUAAUCAUCGCAUGCGGAGGAAUCCUUCCUCUGCUCUCGGCCGCCACUUCGCCUUCGGUGGAGCUGGAGAACCAGGAGGCGUCCCAGGGCAUGUCCCCGGAGACGGCUCUCUCCGUCCUGGGACGGCUGGUCUCACUGGUGGACGUCCUGGUGUUCGCCAGCGCCCUCAACUUCUCCGAGGUCGAGGCAGAGAAGAACAUGUCGCCUGGAGGCCUCGUCAGACAGUGCCUCCGACUGGUCUGUUGUGUGGCAGUGCGGAGCUGUCUAGACUGCAGACAGAGACAGAGAGACAGAGGAGGCAAGGCCCAAGAGACACUGCCCAAUGGUGCAGUGGUGUGCAAGGACCCGGAGCGCCUCCUGCAGGAUGUGGAUAUCAACCGACUGCGUGCCGUGGUGUUCAGAGAUGUGGACGACAGUAAGCAGGGCCAGUUCCUGGCGCUGGCCGUCGUCUACUUCAUCUCCGUCCUCAUGGUGUCCAAGUACCGCGACACCCUGGAGCCCCAGAGGGAGACGGGCAGGCCCAGCAACCAAUCAGAAGCCAGCGUGCGUCCAGAGCUCAACUCACCCAGCAUCACAGACUGCCCCCUAGUGUUCAGCAGCAGUAGCAGCCGGUCUGGGUUCCUCCCUAUCGACGAGGAGUCCCCCCCCCAGGUGCGAGGCGUGCAGAACGGAGGCGUCCCGGAGCUGCACGGCGUCCCCUCCCUCUCCUCCUCCCUGGAGGGGGGCAGGAGGGGGAGGUCCCAGGACGGCCUGCCCCGCCCCCCGUCCGUCAGCAGCAUCAGCAAGGGCCCGCGGGGAGGCGCCAACGUCCGGGACAUCCUGAAGAGUCUGGUGUCCCCCCCGGGGGAGGGAGGGGCAGAGACCCUCUGCUACCCCGACCCCAACACCCUGACCCACGCCGCUCUGCCCCGGCUCUUCCACUCCUUUGACAGGAGUGUGGUGGUCCCGGUGAAGCAGCCCCCUGCCACCGGCGUCGUCAUCACCACGUUGGGUGUCUCCAACGCCAACCCUGGUCUCCCUGGCAACGGUUCGCCAAACAUUCUCAGCGCCCCCGCCCCCACCUCGACCGCUGCCACGCCCAAAAGCAUGAUCAACACCACCGGCCCCGCCGAGGCCAGCGCCUCUUCCUCCUCCGCCAGCGUGGUUGCCGGGGCGACCAGCCGGAACCUGCCGGCGGUGCAGAAGGUGGCGCCCAUGCCCGAGGACUCGCUGGAGAGCAUGAGCAUCACCUCUAAGUUAGAGCGGGCUCUAGAAAAGGUCGCUCCCCUCCUCAGGGAGAUCUUCGUGGACUUCGCUCCCUUCCUGUCCCGCACCUUGCUGGGCAGCCAUGGCCAGGAGCUCCUCAUAGAAGGGCUGGUGUGUAUGAAGUCCAGUACGUCGGUGGUGGAGCUGGUGAUGCUGCUUUGCUCUCAGGAGUGGCAGAACUCCAUCCAGAAGAACGCAGGGCUGGCCUUCAUAGAGCUCAUCAAUGAGGGGCGGCUGCUGUGCCAUGCGAUGAAGGACCACAUCGUCCGCGUCGCCAACGAAGCAGAGUUUAUCCUCAACAGACAGAGGGCCGAAGACGUCCAUAAACACGCAGAGUUUGAGUCAACGUGCUCUGCGUACACGCUGGACAGGAGGAAGGAAGAGAGGACGUGUGACCACCUGAUGUCCGCCGCCAGGCACCGAGACCAUGUGACCGCCAACCAGCUCCGGCAGAAGAUCGUCAACAUCCUCAACAACCGCCAGGGUGCCUGGAGCGACCUCGCCCACAGCCAGGACCAGGACCCGUGGCGUCUCGACUACUGGGAAGACGAUCUCAGGAGGAGGAGGCGAUUGGUCAGGAACCCGCUAGGCUCCGCCCACCAGGGAGUCACCAGAAGAGCCCUGGAAGACUAUGCCAGGGUGGAGGAUGGCCAGCUGAGGUACCAGAAGGCCCUCCGGGGGGCCACGGGGUCCUGCCGGAGCCCCGAGACGGAGCUGAUGCUGGAGGGAGAGGACGAUGUGGUCGGCCUCCUGCAGGAAAAGGACAUGGACAACCUGGGAGGCCCGGUGGUGCUGAGCAGCCCUGCCCGGCUGGUCUGCCCGCUGCUGGAGGUCAGCGGGACCCUCUCCAUCUCCACCUCCCAGAUCUGCUUCGAGGUGGACCAAGACGACCCGGCCUUCGCACGGCUCGACUCCCAAGUGCUGGCGUUCACAGAGGGACUCCACGGUAAGUGGAUGUUCAGUGAGAUCCGAGCCGUGUUCUCCAGACUCUUCCUCCUGCAGAACACAGCGCUGGAGGUCUUCAUGGCCAACAGAACGUCGGUGAUGUUUAACUUACCGGACCGUGCAACUGUGAAGAAGGCCGUGUAUAGUCUUCCUCGGGUGGGAGUCGGCACCAGCUACGGCCUGCCUCAAGACAGACGCGUUUCCCUGGCAACCCCCCGCCAACUCUUUAAGACCUCCAACAUGACCCAGCGCUGGCAGAGGAGGGAGAUCACCAACUUUGAGUACCUCAUGUUCCUCAACACCAUCGCAGGAAGGACAUACAACGACCUGAACCAGUACCCUGUCUUCCCUUGGGUCCUCACCAACUACGAGUCCGAGGAGCUGGACCUGACCGUGUCGGCGAACUUUAGAGAUCUGUCCAAGGCAGCGAUAUCCCAGGUCCAAUGCGGGGGCCAGACUCCCUCCCAGCUCCUCAUCGAGCCCCACCCCCCUCGGAGCUCCGCCAUGCACCUGAGUCCGCUGAUGUUUAAGGACCAGCUCCAACAGGACGUCAUCAUGGUGCUCAAGUUUCCGUCCAACUCUCCGGUGACGCACGUGGCCGCCAACACGCUGCCGCACCUGGCCACGCCCGCCGUAGUCACAGUCACCUGCAGCCGUGUCUUCGCCGUCAACCGCUGGCACAACACCGCCGGUGUGAGAGGAGCUCCGGGUUAUUCCCUUGAGCAGGCCCACCACCUCCCCAUCGAGAUGGACGCUCUUAUCGCUAGUAACAGUGGCAGCAGUGGACGUCAGAUCUCAGACCUCGUGGACCAGAGCAUCAGCAUCAACAGCCUGUGUUUCCUGGUUACCGCCGACAACCACUACAUCCUUGCCUGUGGUUUCUGGGACAACAGCUUCCGGGUGUACUCCUCAGAAACAGGCAGUCAGAGCCAGAUCGUGUUCGGCCACUGGGACGUGGUGACGUGUCUGUCCCGCUCGGAGUCCUACAUCGGGGGGGACUGCUACGUGGUGUCGGGGUCCCGGGACGCCACCCUGCUGCUGUGGUACUGGAGCGGACGCCACCACGCCAUCGGAGACAACGCCAACAACAGUGACUUCCCUGCUCCUCGCGCAGUGCUGACGGGACACGACCACGAGCUGGUGUGUGUGGCAGUUUGUGCCGAGCUGGGCCUGGUCAUCAGCGGAGCUAAAGAGGGACCGUGCUUAGUGCACACCAUCACGGGGGACCUUCUGCGGGCCCUCGAGGGGCCGGACAGCUGCGGGGCCCCCCGCCUCAUCACCGUGUCCAGCGAGGGUCACUGCAUCAUCUGCUACCAGGGGGGCCCGGGGCAAGGGCACUUCUGUACCUUCAGCAUUAACGGAAAACUACUGGCCAGCCUGGAGCUGGCCGACUCCACCAGGGCCAUCCUGCUGAGCAGUGACGGCCAGAACCUGGUGACGGGGGGAGACCGAGGCGUGGUGGAGGUGUGGAGGGCAUGUGAUCUGAAACGCCACUAUGUCUACCCUGGCUGCGACGCUGGCAUACGAGCCCUGGACCUGUCACAUGACCAGAGGACCCUGGUGACCGGCAUGGCGUCUGGUAGCAUCGUGGCGUUCAACAUCGACUUCAACCGCUGGCACUGUGAGAAGCACAGCCGCGACUGAGGCUGGACUCCAGGUGAGGAACACCUGAGCUCACCUGCCCAGGUAGAGAGCUAACCACACCCAGAGAGGUAAACCCCUCAACACCUACCCUCACCGGGAAAAGGUAGAAGCCCUUAACAUCAACCUCGCCAGGCAGAGAGCUAACUACAGCUCGCAAGGAAGAAACGUCUGAACUCACCUGUGCAGGUAGAAACCCAGGCGUAUAGCUGUACAGGUAGAAGCCCCAAGCUGGAAGGGAGGGUGUAACACCUGAACCGACCUGUACAGGUAGAAACACCUGAACUCACAUGUACAGGUAGAAACCCCUAGCCUUACCUGGAGAAAAAGUGGAAACAAAGACCCUUACCUGUAUAGGUAGGAACUCCUACAUAUUUACUUCACCUGGAGAAGCGGUAGAAACACCUGCGGUAGAAACACCUGGCCAGGUAGAGAUACAUCACCUUACUGGCCCAAGUGGAACUACCUUGACUUUCCUGGAGAAGACAUUCGCACCAGAUAGCAAAGGUCAGCAGGAUGCUACAAAAUGUAGCCCUGAAGACGGAUCUGGAUCUGGUUUGUCAUGAGUCUGAUAUUUGUCCCUGGAGAUUGUAUAUCAGAAACUUCUACAAAUGCUGGCCAAGGGCCAAGUCUGGCAGGUUGUAAAUUGGGAUUAAGGAUUGCCUGAGCUUCAUAUGUGAAUAAAAGUUUGCACAUGAUAAAAUGUAUUGAUUUAACAACAACUAAACAUAAUGUUUUUAUACAACCUUGGUUCAUAUUUCAAGCUGUGAACAAAAGAUUAAUCAAAACAUCUGUUUAGGACGUUUAUACAACAUUUGUAUGUCAACAGCACACCUUACUAGGAGUACAUUUUAAGCGAAAAACAUAUACAGAACUUAUGGACAGUUUAAUAUGUGGUAAAAAGACAAUAGUUAAAUUGUCUUCUUCAGUUAAUACAUAAAUUACAUGAUGUAGCAAUUUUUUUAUAUUUGUCUUAUUUAAAAACGUUGACUACUUAAUGCAAGAGAAUGUGUCCAUUUGUCGCUUGUUAUAGUUGAGCCGGCUGAUUUAUGGCAAAAAUAGUUAAUUGAUUAAUUUCCAUUUCCGGACUGUUUGAAUGGAGGUCGUAAGGAUAUGUUUCUUGUGAGGAUGAUUCAUAAGUUAAAACAAAAAAUAUGUCUUAAAUUACCUACUUGUGGGUCCAUGGGAAAAAAAGGAACAUAGAGCAGUAAUUUGUGUUAAAACAAGGCCAAUGUUAAUUGAACACAAAACCUGAAUAACUAUACAAAAAAUAUUAAACAGGUUCGAUAGUUACUAAUAAACGAAUCCAUAAUGUAUUUAUUUUGUGUCAUGACCGUUUAACAGUAUGUCACAAAAAGCUACCAUCUUGACAAAGGAGGUAAGAAUUCCUCAAAAAACUUUUGAUUUAAAGGGUCUGUUAAUUAAAAGUGUUAAGUGUUUUGAAUCAGGAGGAAAAAUCUGAAAUGUUUAAACUAAAACUGUAUGUUGUGUGAGACAUUUAAAGUGUUCAGUAAGAAAUAUAUUUUCCAUAACUGAACCAGACAAAAUCUCAUUAUGUACAGUAACAGAAGGUAUGUUUUCAAAGUCUACAUUACAUCAUUUUCACACAUUUCCUGGCCUAGCGAGAUCUUGUCGAUUUUUUUAAUGACUUAUUGAAUACAUAUAAUUUAAGUGUCAUUAAUCAAAAGCAAAAUGAACAAACCAUUCCCAUGAUGUUCUGAAUAUAUGCGAAUAGUUUAGUUUGUUAUAUUCUUUAAGUGCAAUAUGUUUUUCUUUUUCUUAAAUAUUACAUUAUGCCUGCAUUUUAAGAAAUAAUUAUUACAUAUUUUGUUGCAGAUUCAUGUUGGUUUACAUUUAAAUUGUACGCUGCAGGAUAUUUUCUUGUUGAGUUAUUAUUGAUUAAAACAAUAUUGUUUUGCAUAUGUUGCCUCUAAAAAU